AUGGCCCUCGCCUCACGCCCUUAGCCAGCAUGGCGCGUGUGAUGAUCCUGAACAAUGGCAGAAGCAGCUCCCACUCCGCAAGGGAUCACCCGCCCGCCGCCGCAGGACGGGCCCUUCGUCCUCCGCAAGCUCGUCUCGGACCUGCCGCUGUCCGCUGACGGGGAACAUGGCGAUGCGCGCAUAACCUGUGUCGAAGUAUGGGACGGCAACCUCUAUGUUGGCACCUCUGCCGCCGAGAUCCUCCACUUCGUCCUCCUACCGCCUGAGUCCAAUGACCCUUCCGCAGAGCCCACCGCUAUCAUCGCCUCCAGGCUCGAGCCUCCGCACAACGAUGGCCACGGGCCCGGCGUGCAGCAGAUCCUCAUUCUCCCUAAAAUCUACAAAGCAUGCGUGCUAUGCAACAACACCCUCUCCAUCUACUCGCUGCCCGAGCUGAGCCCAGACUCCACCUUCAAGCCCAUAUCUUGCUUAUGGGUUGGAGGCGUGGACUUGAACGAAGAAGAGGGUGACGAUGAAGGCGUGGUGGUAGUGAUUGGCCUGAAGAAGAGGUUACGACUGGUCCAGAUCACCGAGAACUCCCCACCAAGGGCAGUCAAGACGAUCGAGUACGGCGGAUGCUUAGUCUCGGUCAGACGGGAGACCUUCUCUUGCGCGGCAGACAGUCAUUCAUAUGCGUUGCUGGACGUCAUGCAUCAGCAAAAGGUUGGCUUGUUCCCAAUCUCGUCUCUAGAUCCAGACGUUGGUGACGUUGGGGGAGCUGCAGAGACCAUUGCGACUGUACCUCAAGGGCCUUCGAGAAGCGUGUCGUCUGCAAGCGUACAACUACAUCAAGGCGGUCAGAAGGGUCACAAUCGGAGCACCAGCCUCAACAUUAUGGGGAUAGGCAGCGGUCCCUCUUCUCGAACCGCCAGCCCACGACCUCCAGCACACCGCUAUGGCUUCGACGUGCCUGAGUCGCUAUCGCGAACUGCAUCGCCAGCACCAGGUCGUUCGCCCGCUCGAUCUCCAACACGGCCAACUGAGGGCGAAACUACAGAAGGUGCGGCUGUUGGCAAGCCUUUACCGCCUCCACCAGGAGAGGAUGCACCUCAGGUCGAGGUACAAGAAGCUCCACAACCUCCAUCGUUCGUUCCUCUCAGACCACACAUUGCCUCACCAAACCCCAACGAGUUUCUGCUCACAGUUGGCACUACACCAUCUGAGCAAGGCGUUGGUAUGUUCGUCAAUCUUGACGGCGACAUGUGCAGAGGAAGCAUUCAAUUUAGCAGUUACCCCGACGCAAUCGUGGUUGAUGGCUCAGGCAUAGACUUGACGUCGUCCAUGGGUCCUGACAUGGACGCUGAGGAAGGCUACGUGCUGGCUGCGGUUCAUCGAGGGGAUGCAGACCACCUCGAAUAUGGUGUCGAGAUUCAAAGAUGGGACGUGGAUCCUGGUGCAGGCGAAGAAACCAAAGACUGGUUGAACUUGAAUUCGCUAGGUCUGUCAGCAAAGGGAGACAGCACGCAUAUUCCUGUGCCGUUAGGUAUGCGUACUGUCGUCCAGCCUUACGAUCUUGUCCUUCCUGAGAUUGGGUCCAAGCUUACUGUACAACGGCUGCAGCUGCCCUCCAUAGAGGGAUCGAUCUCAACAGAAGUCACGAAGGCACCUGCGACAGCUCAAGAGAAAGCAGAUCUUGAGUUCACAGAGCGACUAUCUAAGCUCAAGUCACGAAACGUGGUAUGGGCCAGCAACCAGAUAUGGUGGACUGUUCGCAACCCGCUUGUCACACGCUUGGAUUCACGCUUAGAACAAGCCCAAUUCGCAGAAGACGGUACAACAAUACAACCGAACCGUAACCCUGUUGAAAGAGUGCUCGGCGACAUACGAGGACAAGACCCUCGCAAUGAGUCGGAGUAUCUCAGCCUCAUCUACAUCCGUCAGAAAGCAUCCGUACUACUGUUCAUGGACGUCGUUCUUCGCACGAAGACCAACAUCAUUAUCUUCGAAAACGAGAAGCGAAUCACUGAGCAAGCUCUUAUCGAAGGCGAGGUAGAUCCGCGAAUAGUGUUAUCGAUGUUGCCAGUCCUAAGCCAGGAAGUCUUCCAAGGACCCGAAGGCAUUCAAAUAUCUGGCGGUAUCACAGCAGUCCUCCAACAGUUUCUGCAACAGACUGACCUUUCCACAAUGCCGACAGAUGUCAAUGGACCAUUCGGUGAUAAUCUGCUUCACUUUGUCAAAAGAUACCUCCAGUUCUGGAAGAGGCGGAAAGGCAUGGCAAGCGUCACAAGCGACCCGUUCGUCUUUAGCACUGUCGACGCAGCGCUACUUCAUAUCCUUCUCCUACUGGACCAAGGCAGCCCCAACGGUACAUCGAGUCCAGGAAUGUACCGUGCCGAGCUGAACGAGCUUGUCGAUCGGGAGGUCGAGUGUUUCGAUCGGGCGGUAGAACUCCUUGAACAGUUCAAACGGCUCUAUGUGCUUAGCAGGCUGUAUCAGAGCAACUGCAAGGCAUCAGUCAAGGCUUCCAAAGUGCUUGCUACUUGGAAACGUAUCCUUGACGGCGAAGAAGACGCGGGCGGUGCGUUUGUAGACGGCGAGAACGAGCUGCGAAAGUACCUCGCACGCAUCCGGGAUCAGUCGCUAGUUGAGGAAUACGGUGCAUGGCUAGCAAACCGCAACCCCAAACUCGGCGUACAGAUCUUUGCAGACGACCAUAGCAGGGUUAAGUUCGAGCCCACACGCGCCGUCGAGCUGCUGAAAGAAAGGGCCCCAGGUGCGGUCAAAGAGUACCUGGAGUACCUUGUCUUUGGCAAGAAGCACACGCGCUACGUAAACGAACUAAUCGCUUUCUACCUCGACACCGUAAUUCAUGAGCUUGAGUCUAGCCCUGAAUCGCGCGCCACCCUCUCCCAAACCUACGAGACGUAUCGCAUCCUCGAGCCCCCAAAACCUACCUAUCAUCAGUUCAUCACAGAUAAUGCGAUACCCGCAGAGUGGUGGCAAGCGCGUCUGCGCCUCCUGCAACUCCUCGGCUCGAACCAACCCGCCACCUCCUCGUACGACGUGAGCACCAUCCUGACCCGCCUCGAGCCGUACGAACAAGAACUCGUGCCCGAGAUGAUUAUAUUGCAUGGAAGGCAGGAACAGCAUCAGGAAGCGCUGAGGUUGCUCACGCAUGGGCUGGGGGAUUUUGACACGGCGAUAAGCUACUGCUUAUACGGGUAUAGUUCCAUCUUCCGGCCCAUCACAACCGGCACCCUGCCCAUCCCAGCAUCCGAACUCCCCCCGCACGUUGAACAAUCUCGACUUUUCAAUUUCCUGCUCCAAGAGUUCCUUAACAUCGAGGACUUAUCGCAGCGCAUUGAGCGCACGGGCGAACUCCUCGAGCGGUUUGGAGGCUGGUUUGAUAUUGGAGAUGUGCUGGCGAUGUUGCCGGAUGAGUGGAGUGUGGAUAUUUUCUCGGGGUUCUUGAUUAAUAGUUUGAGGAGGUUGGUUAGGGAGAAGGCGGAGAGUGACAUCGUGAAAGCGUUGAGUGAUGCGCAGAAUAGCCAGAUGAGUGCUGACUUGGUGGAGAAAAGGGAGACUGCUGGGCCGACGACUGAGAGAGUUAGCUGAUAACUAGACAAGGGCGGUCGCAUGCAGAUGAUUUAGUGUAAUGAAC